AUGCUGGUUGCCAUUGUCCUUUUUUUUUUUCUAUCUCUCUCUCGCAUCAUUCCAAAGCCUUUUCUUAUACGUUUAUGUUUAAUAGUUGUUUGUUUUUUCAAGAUGGGAGUGCAAAAGAAGUUUGAAUUAUCAACAAAAGAACUUGGAGGUGGGGUGAUUCUUUUCUCUUGGAACUCAAGUGGAACGCAGCUUGCAGUGUAUAGUGCAAACGGAAAGCUGCAGAUUCUAUCUCCCGAUGGCAAGAAGUUGAACACGUCCUCCUUUCCAGGUGUCGUCAGAAUUGCGUGGGACUACUCAUCGGACACCCUCGCACUUAUUCAAAAAAAUAACAGUAACGUUACUUUACAGUCGACCGGGAAGCAGAGUUCCGAUAGCAUUGACUCCGGGCUGCAUGAGCUGUGUUUUCUUGCGUGGUCACGCCGUGGCUCCCAUCUUGCUGUUGGCAGUACCAAGGGUACCUUUGUUGUGAUCAACAGUGAAACCCUAAAGAAGUUGCCUGUUGUUGGAACACAUACUAAGGCGAUAGUUGAUGGCAAAUGGAGCGUGGAUAACACACUGGUAAUGGUCGGAGAGGACAAUGUCCUCUCUAUCUCAGAAGAGGAUGGGGUGCUUCGGCGACAGGUGUCAUUGAAAUUAAUGCCUUUGUCAGUUACUUUGGUGGAUCUUUCGCAAAGGGGUGAAGAAAAAUUCCCAUUCAGUACAGCCGCACUGAUAAAUUUUGGCAAAACACUUGAGCAUUUCAAUUUAGAAACAUUUAAGGCUCAACCUGUGCCGUUUGAGUCGAAAUUGGGUACGGUCACUGUGUGCGACUUUAUUUCGGGAGGCCUGGUGUGUGUGGGUUUUAGUUCUGGGGCUGUGGCAUUGGUCAAUGCUUCUGUCCAGGGGGUGAAGAUGUGUGGUGUGGUCCGGUCUUUUCACGAUACCGUAAAUGCGCUGGCUUGCUGCCAAAAUUUUAGCAUGUGCGCUGCCGUUGGUGAAAACGCUCUUAAAUUUUUCAGAAUUGCUGAUGGUAGCAUUGUGGAGAAUGCAAUGGAAAGAGUCGAACUGGGAGGGACGUACGGCACCUUACGAGGGGUAGAAUGGAGCAAGGAUGGGUCCAAUGUCACUCUGUCUACGGAGCAGGGGCAAUUGAUAAGUUACAAGUUGAAUGUAUCGGCUGUAAGCACCACAAAAGGCACCUUUAUUUACUUUCUCUCAUCCUCGCGCGUGGUAACGGCAAAAAGUUUGCAGGAUGACCGUAUAAUAUACAAUGCGAACGUGGACAUUGAACCAGCGAUCAUUGCCGCUGCUCGAGGGAUUUUGGCCGUUUGUGCCGGACACAAUGUUCUUUUUUACACAACGGAAGGAAACGAGGUUUCUCUUCUCCGUAGAGCUGAUUUUCCUUCAGCUAUUUCUGCGUUGAAGGUGUCAUCUAGAAUUGCAGCGGUAGUCUGUGAUGGAAAAAUUGAGCUUAACGAGAUACGUUCCGGUGAAAACUCUACCACAUUCCCGGAAAACGGAACUGCAAACAUCAUUUCUUUGGAUAUGACUGAGGUUCUUCUUGUUUAUGCAACAACAGAGAAAAUUUGUGUUGUCAACCUCAUUGAUUUUCAAUGUGUUGUUGAACACACGCCCUCUAUAGGUAUUAAAAGAGCGGUCCCCAAUACGAGUUGCACUCGGGUAGCACUCAUCGGUAAGAAUGAUGCCCUGUACAUUUUUAAUCCUGUAACACUGACCUUGAUCCAAACCGAGGGUUUUGAGGCGGAACACAAGAACAUUUUGUGGGAUCAAGGCGAUUAUGGCAUUUUGGUCUCAUACGACAGCAAAACCAUGGUCACAUUUGUCUAUUCGCCGCACAGUCGGUAUGGUCCAACAUCGGAGUCGGUUGUCAUCAAGGAUACGAAUACAGAAAAUCUCGUCACACCCAUCCCUGUGGGAUACACACCCGUGGCUCUCUUUAAAGGAAAGGUGACUUUUCAAACAUCAAGUGGAUCCCUUGACUUUGCUCAUCUCAAGUCACACAACCAGGCGAUGACUCGUGUACCAAACCCCGAAGCUUUUUACACAAAUUUCUCACUGAAUCACUUGCGCUGGGCGUCACAAAACAUAAGCACUUCACAAGAGGCGGAAGAUUUGGCUGUGAAGGCACUUCAUGUGCUUGACGUUGAACUUGCCAUUCGUCUUUAUCGCCAGCUUUCGCAACCAAGUCUUGUGUUGUGUCUUGAAAACAUCAAACAUAUUAAUGAGAAAAAUCUUCUUAUUGGCCAUAUUUCUAUGAUUAUGGGGUUUUUUAAGGACGCACAGAGUUUUUUUUUGCGGUCAUCACAGCCACUUUGUGCGCUUCAGAUGCGCCAUGAUUUGAUGCAGUGGGAGUCUGCACUUGCCCUUGCAAGACAAAUGGCUCCCGAAAGGGUUUUUAUCUUAUCCAAGGAGUAUGCACAGCAAUUGGAGUAUCGUGGAGAGUACGCUAAGGCGUUGGAGAUGUAUAGAGCAGGGGAACGAGCGAUGCCAAAGGGCCAUGCCAGUACUCAACUGACUGCCGCCCAGGAAGAAGUGAAGAGCCACAACGCUGUCUGUUCAAAAGGAGCCGCAAGGUGUUUGUUACGUACAGGAAGCAUUCGAGAAGGGGUAAAACUGGCAUUGGAUUCGAAUGAUGAAGCGCUUAUAAUGGAUUGCGCGGAGAUAUUAGAAUCUACGCGACAGUUUGAGGAUGCGGCGCAUCUUUAUGAAAAAGCAUCUGAAUUUGAGCAUGCAGCCACGUUAUAUAUCCUGGAGGCGAAAAAUUUAAAGGCGGCAAGUCGUGUUAUCCCAAAGAUAUCAUCUCGCAAUAUUAUUGGUAUGUUUGCCAAAGCGAAGGAAUCUGAAGGGGCCUUCAAGGAGGCGGAACUGGCGUACACUCAGGCGGAAGAUUGGGAUAAUGUGGUUCGCAUCAAAGUAGAAAAAUUAAAUGACUUGUAUGGGGCAUACGUCGUUGUACGCCAAACGCGAUCGGCUGCUGCUGCAGCUAUAGUCGCCAACAUGUGCAAAAAGAGAGGUGAGUUUGGUUCAGCUGUGGAGUUCUUUGUUUUAGCCAAGAGCUUUCAAGAGGCAUUUGAGUUGGCCAAAGAAAAGAACUGUAUGUCUACUCUUGAAGGUGCAUUGUUGAAUCAGGCUCAGCUCCUAGAUGGGAUUGCACCCGCCUCUAACCAGGCUGAAUUUGCGAUGAUUGCCCAGUACUAUGAGCAAAAUGGGAAGCCCGGUCAGGCAGGACUGUUUUACCACAUUGCUGGAAAUUUCCCGCUGGCGUUGAGGAAUUAUCUGGACGCGGGUGAGUCGGAAGACAUUGAGAAGGCCAUUCAAGUCGUUGGUAAGUCAAGGAGUGAUGCGCUAACCAAUAGACUUAUAGAUUAUCUUAUGGGGGAAACCGACGGCGAGCCGAAGGAACCCUCAUACAUUUUCAAGCUUUACAUGGCAUUGGGGAGCUACGAAAAGGCUGCGAAAACAUCGGUCUUGAUAUCCACCAAAGAACAAGAGAUGGGCAACUAUCUCACUGCACAUAAGACUCUCGUAGAUGCAUAUCGUAUACUUCGAGAUAAAAAGAUGCAUGUUCCUAACGAUCUACGACGUUCAUUGAUGCUCUUGCAUUCCUACGUUAUUGCUAAGCCUCUUAUGAAGAUUAUGAAAGAUGAUGAAACAGCCUCUCGCAUGCUUCUACGGGUGGUGAGAAAUAUUCAUAAGUUUCCAAAACACAUAUCUGUCAUCUAUACCUCUACUGCAUUGCAGUGCUUAAAAAGUGGAUUUAGAAAGUCCGCCUUCGAUAAUGCGUGUAUUAUUAUUCAAAAUGGGAAAUACGGAACCGAAUUGGAUGAAAAGACACGAAAAAAAAUUGAAGGAAUCGUACGGAGACGUGGGAAGGAGGAAAUGGAUGACCCACCUGAGAAAACCUCUCCUUGCCCCUUUUGUGAUGCUCAAGUGCCGGAGACGGAACUGGAUUGUGGUGCCUGUAAGAAUACUUUGCCAUUCUGCAUCGUUACCGGCAAACACAUGGUCAAGGAAAACUACUCUGAGUGCCCCAUUUGCCAAUUUCCCGCUCUGUAUUCCUCGUUUGUGACGCUACUGAGGAGCUCUCAAACUUGUCCAAUGUGCGAAAGUAUCAUUGAUGUGAACAAGGUCCAAAAACAAAGUGACCCUGAUUUAAAGGCUUAUCUUGCGUAG